AUCAAGCGCUGAGUGUUGCGACAUAUCCCCAAAUUACCGUGAAUUAGAACCUACGGUGACGUGACUUUGAAGUCAAACGACUCGGUGUACUUGAAUUGUUGGUAACCAGCUGCAUUAGCUAGAAUAACCAAAGCAAAGAGAAUAUUGGAGGGAGUCUUCACGUAUUGUUGGAACUAAGCAGAAACUUUAUUUACUGUUAUAUACCAUGCGAGAGUGAGUAUAUACGUUAGUAGUUGAUAUCAGACGAUAAAUCAGUAUGGCAAGGCUACAUUUUCUAUGGUUAGUGCUUUUAGCACUUUUCACGGCGGAGAAUACCCGCGGACAGUACCAGGCUUAUACCGUACAGGACAUUGCAGAUUUGCAGAACACAGUAUUAUAUGAAGUGUUCGACUACUUCUAUUUUGCCCAGGAGCAGCAGCUCACAACUGUAUUCGAGCGUCUUGCUAACAUUGAGAGUCGACUACAGGUGGUGAUGGAUGCUCUCGGGUUACAUGAACAAGAGGCACCUGAUGAAGUGGACAUUGUUCGACAAACUCAACCACCAACUCUUCCACCGCGUAGACAAACUGAACCACCUGAACCUGUGGUGACCUACCCGCCAUUCAUUCAACCUCCCCCUAAGCCUAAUCGAGGGAAUAGAAAGCCAAAACCUCGACCAACACCACCGCCUCCGGAGACACCAGAACCACAACCGCCAACUCGAAGACCAAAACCAAGACCUCGACCUCGACCAGAACCUACAACACGACCAACAACACGACCAACCACGCGUCCUACAACACAACCCACCACGACCCCAACAACGAGACCAACAACGCAACCUACUACCACACCACCAACGACCCCACCUCCUGCCCCUAGCACCUGUGCAGAUAUCUACGAUCAAGGUCUGUACUCUCCAAGUCAAACCAUGUACGCCAUAGAUCCUUUGCAAAAGGCAAAGUUCGUUUACGUCAAAUGUGAAUUAUCCGAGACGGACGGUUCACAGAAGAUGAUGACCAUCGUUGAGCAUACAAAGAUGGCUACCAAGAAGGUCACAGGAUUCGAAAACCGUGGUGACUUUAGCCUUGAACCGGUCUACAACGCAACCCUCAAGCAACUACGUGGUAUAACGGCUGCUUCAGAAUCCUGUUCGCAGUACAUCGAAUACCGCUGUCGAGGAGCAUCGCUGAUGGGUCGACCACCAAGGGGUGGUGAAACGUACGGAUUCUGGGUGGAUGUUAAUGGUGAGGAGGUUGAGUCUUGGGGAGGUGCUCCCACUAAUAGUAGAAUGUGCGCUUGUGGUGUUGAUGGUACAUGCGAGGGAUCGGGCUCCUGUAACUGUGAUGCGAACUCCAAGACAUUCAUGACAGAUGCUGGUCCAAUAUCGGAUAAAGAGAGACUUCCUGUCAUGGAUGUAAGGCUUGGUGAUACAGGUGGUAAGAAGGAGACUGGCUAUAUCAAGUUAGGACCACUAAGAUGCACAUACAUGGCAAAGUCGAAAAUGAUUGGAGCGCUGUUGUGUGUGAUGAUGAUCAAUGUAGUGAAGGGGCAAACCUACACAGUACAGGACAUAGCAGAUAUGCAAAACCAGGUAAUCUACGAACUGUUUGAUUAUUUCCAUUUCUCCCAAGAGAGGCAGCUCACUACCGCCUUUGAAAAACUCAAGCAGAUUGAAGGCCGUCUACUACAAGCAGAGCGAGCUCUCGGGAUUGACGGGAGUAACGCCCCUGCUGUACCUGGCUUUGUCCGACCGACGUCGGUAUAUCGCCCUGAUCCAGCUCGUCGUAAUGAGUACCAUAGACGGAAACCACCUCAGGCGUCACGCGCAACGGCAUUCCCGCGUAACCUUCCGGUUGGACGCGUGACGCCGGCCCCACCGCGUCCACCAACCUGGGCACCACCCAGACAACCUCAGACCACCCUCGCCCCUAAUCCACCCACUCGUCCACCCUACGCAAAGACAUGUGCUGAGAUUAAUGAGCAAGGUCUUCUAUCACCUGAUAUCCCUAUGUAUUCUAUAGAUCCUCUGAAUGACAAUAACCUGGUGAAUGUUGUAUGUGAAAAAGGGAGACGUCUUGAUGGUACCCAGACGGUUUAUACCGUCAUAGGACAUUCACAGUUGAGAGGUGUCGACAAAGAGAUCUUGGUGACAGGACACGAGAGUCCAGGAUCGUAUAGUCUCAAACCUGUAUACGACGCGAACAAGAAGCAAUUGAAGGCUGUGACCGCUUCAUCGAGUUCUUGUGAACAGUUUAUCUCCUACCGGUGUCAGGGUUCAGUUCUUAUGCAACGGUCACCUGAGACAGGUACAACGUAUGGCUGGUGGGAAACCAUAGACGGUGAUCGGGUUGAGAGUUGGGGUGGUGCACCUUUCAAUAGCAGUAUGUGUGCUUGUGGAGUGAGGAGAAGGUGUACAGAUCGACGACGACCGUGUAACUGCGACGCCAACAAGAUGUCAUCGGAUGAAGGCUUCAUCAUGGAUAAAGAAUUUCUUCCAGUUAGUGAUGUGCGAUUGGGUGAUACUGGUGGUAAAAAGGAGAAAGGUUUCCUCGAACUCGGACCUCUCCGCUGUGAAGGUUUAGCCUAGUAGUUCACUGAUGGUCAUCGAUGACGAUGACUACCACCAGGCAAUGACACAUACAGUACAUGUUUACCAUGAAUAGUCGGAUUGAACAGUUUUUAUUUUAAUGAUACAUAAAAAAUGAAAUGAAUCAUAAUCCACCCUGAUGAUGUUAAGUAUUUGCUGUCGACGUUUUUAAUUUGCAUAUAGCAAUAUUCAAUCGUAGAAAUGUGUAGUACAUGGCUAAAAAAUAUUGUAGCAUCAUCAUUAAGGGGAUAUGUCUUACCUGUAUUCUAGUUCUAUUUUUUUUCUAGAAUGGUGGGUUGGCCCUAUUUCACAUAGUCAUUUGCUUCCCUUUUUCUUAUGUUAUUUGACUGAUGCGACGGUGAUGGCCGUUACGAGAACAUACCAAUGUCUGUAUCAAUCUGAAAAAUAUGUAUUUUUGAUGAAUCGGAGUUAUUUUAGGCUUCAAGGACAAAAUUUGCUAAUGCCAAAAUUACAUUAAUAUAAAUGUUUACUGCUGAGAUAAAAUGAGUGUCGUUGAAUAACAUGGUGGCAUAUUUUCUCUCUAGGGAAAUGUAUUUCUAUAUUUUGAGCAGAAAUGUGCCUCCGUAUCUUAACUUGUUGAUGAAUGAAUCGUCGUCGUGUUUAAGCCACGUUCACACCAACGGGACCGACCAAAUAGUAUGCAUAUUUCCAAUGACAUAUCAUCGAUUGGUCUGGAGUCGGUUUCGUGGGUAUGACUGUACAAGUUUUUUGGGGAGCAUUUUAUGAAAGGACUUGUCAGACCUUUUAUCGGACAGGUACUGUUUUAUCCGACAGUUACCAUGGUAACAGUGACUCUAAGCCAAUCAUUCUCAAAGAGAGUAGUCAGACCUGACAACUUGUCGGAGGAAAACAUUGAUGAAAGGCUCCCCUGAUUGAUACUUUUUGCAAAAAUGUUGGGUGUUCAUUUUACUGGUCACUCAGAUUUUUUUUUAAUUAGAUAAAUAGGGAAACACUAAAAGACAUAUGACAUGGAUGAGGAAAUUGAAAAUUAAAAAAAAAAUAAUAGCUUCCGUUCUGUACAUUUUACUUCAUAAUUUAUAUAGUAUUAACAAGCUUAUUUACGUUGUUUUUUCGAUUUAAUCGGGAAAGGCAGAAGAGCGUACGAUGUUUCUUUAAAAACAUGUUAAUAAUUUUUUUAUUCCAAUCAUACUAGAAGUAUAGAUUAUUAAACGCUCAUGGUCUACAAGACCUCUAAUAAAUUCAAAUGUUUAUAUUCUGAUGUUUGUUUCAUCAUAAAAUUGUCAUUCUAUACUUAAUCAAAAGUAAAAGAGAACCUUAGAAUUUACGAUCAUGGAUAAAAGUAGUGGAAAAUGUUAUUCUAUUUACAGAAAAUCAUUUUGAAAAUAUCUUGCAUCGACAAAAGAUUUUUUUUUUAAUUAAAAAGAUGAAAAAUUGAUACUUGGUAUUUACUAAAUUCCUUCAAAAAAUGAAAUAUGAUCCUAUGCCAAAA